AUGGUCUGUCCUACUGAAGACUACAGCGUACGUAUUCCGAGCUAUCAGCAACAUGCAACGAACAAUGCGAAAGACUUCCAAAGCCCGCGGACCACUCACGCGCGACGAGCUGGUCAAUGCCGAGUGCUACCUGUACUAGAUAGCACAAGAAGCGUGUACGGUGAGGAGCUUGUAAUCCUAUCUACCCUUCGAGAAUCACAUGGGAAGCAAAUCCCUAAGAACAGCCCUCUGUUCCACCUCUGUCCAUUUUAUUUUAUGGACGCAAAGGGACUCCUUAGGAUCCACGGGAGAACCAGCGCUUGCCAGUUCAUCGUCAGUAGCGUCGCUAAUCCCAUUAUCCUUCCUCGGGAGCACGGCAUCACCAGGCUCAUCGUGCUGGACGUCCAUCAGCGGUUCUUGCACCAGAGCCACGAAACGGUUCUAAAUGAGCUGAAACAACACUACUACGUUCCCAGAAUGAAAACCGUCUACAAGUCGGUCCGGAAUAGUUGCCAGAUCUGCAAAAACGAACGAACUCGUCCACACGCGCCGCUGAUGAGUGAUUUGCCGCCGUCACGCCUCGCAGCCUACAGCAAACCUUUCGACCACAUGGCGAUGGGUUACUUCGGCCCAAUGACAGUUUCCAUUGGCCCUCGAGUGGAAAAACUGACUGUACGCGCGAUCCAUCUGGAAGUUGCACACUCGCUCACAACUGACUCGUGA